AUGGGCAUCCAUGCUGUUAGCGUCAUGCUAGAGGCUCUCAAUAGAGAUGCCCAACAUGCUACUAUCGCCAAGUUCAUUCAAAAUGAACUUGACGCAGAACGCGAGAAAGUAGCCUUGCUUCACCAACAAGGUUCUCAACAAGCAGAGUUGUUGAGAGAACAAGGUGCUCAACAGUUUGAACUGUUGAGACAGCAGCAGGCUGCUGCUGGCGGGUCGAUGCACUCGCGUCGACCCGAGACCUUGAAGAUUGACAUCUCCAAGUAUAGGGGAGUCGAAGAGGACUCCCUCUUGAGAUGGUUCGUCGAAUUGGAUGACGCCAUAAGGGCGCGUCACAUCGACGACGGGGAUAUGCAAGUUGCAUUUGCCCAAUCAAAUCUGUAA